UAUGGUAGCUUUUAUUCUCAUCUUACACGAGGAAAGUGAGGCGCAGAGGUAAUGUGCCCCAAGUCGUGCAGUGAGUAUGUGGCACAGGCAGGAUCUCACCCCAGGGCCUGGGUCCCCUUCUCCACCACCUAUGCUCCUCUCUGCUUGCGCCCAGUAUAAAAUGAAAAUGCAGGGCCCCUGGCUCAAAUAUUAAAAAUCGCAGUCAGCAUCAGUGGAGCAUUCAACCAAGAGCUGGGCCUUGUAAGUGUGGGGCCCGUGUGGCUGCAUGGGUCACAAGCUGCCCAUAAAAUGGCCCCUGUUCCUUGGUUAUCCCGAAGGCUCCUCAGGAGGCAGGUCAGUCAGUGUUAUACAGAGAAGCAAACAGGCUCAGAGAGGUGCCUCAUUCUGCCCCGGGUCACACAGCAAGUUAGUGGCAGAGACAGGAUGUGAACCUGGGCUUGAGAGACUUCAAAGCCCCUGCCCCAGAUUUUUGAGGAGAGGGCUGUGGGGUUCCCAAGGAACUUCCUCCAUGUCCUGGUGUCUGUCUCUCCCUGCCACCAAGGCCCAGGAGGUGUGAAGGGCUCCCUUCUCCCGGACACAGACGCUGAGGAUUGCCGUCCUGUGACCCACCCCCAUCCCCUGUGCCCUCUGAACCACUGCUCACCAUGGCUACUUCCAAGUUGCCAGUGGUGCUUGGGGAGACCACCAUCCUCAUGGCCAAGGAAGAGCUGGACGCCCUGCGCACUGCCUUCGAGUCGGGCGACAUUCCCCAGGCCGCCUCUCGCCUCCGGAAGCUGCUGACCUCCUCCGAGAGCAUCCGCCUGGAGGCGGGCAUCACAGGCGAGUCGGGAGCUGGCAAGUCAUCCCUCAUCAAUGCCCUUUGUGGCCUGGGGGCCGGACCCGGCGCAGCUCUCACCAGUGUCACUGAGACCACAGUGCACCCCUCAUCCUAACCACACCCACAGUUACCUGACGUGACGUGGGACCUGCCGGGGGCCGGCUCUCCAGGCUGCCCAGCUGACAAGUACCUGAAGCAGCUGGACUUCGGCCGCUAUGACUUCUUCCUGCUGGUCUCGCCCCGCCGCUGUGGGGCCGUGGAGACCCGCUUGGCAUCCGAGAUCCUGCGCCAGGGCAAGAAGUUCUACUUUGUGUGCACCAAGGUGGAUGAGGACCUGGCCGCCACACACACCCAGCGGCCCUUGGGCUUCAGUGAGGCCGCAGUCCUGCAGGAUCGUGACCACUGUGCUGAGCGGCUGCAGGCGGCUGCUGUGACCGACCCCCGCAUCUUCUCCGUGUCCAACCUCCCACUGGCCCACUAGGACUUUCCACUGCUUGUGUCCACCUGGGAGCACGACUUGCCCACCCAUCGGCGCCUCGCUGGCCUGCGGUCACAGCCCGAUAUCUCGCUGGAGGCCCUGCAGGAGGAGGACAUGCUCCAGGACCAGGUGCUUAGGACGGCCCUGACGUUGGGUGUCAUCCAGGCCCCAUCCGUGCCAGGGCGCGCCACCUGCGAUGACGUCCUGCUCCUCCACUUGCUGCGUAGCUAAAACCACAGCUUUGGCUUGGACGACAACUUGCUGGCCAAGCUGAGCGAGCAGGUGGGCAAACAGGCAGGGGACCUGCGCUUGGUCAUCUGCUCCCCGCUGGCUAAUGAGGUCUCGCCUGAAACUGUCCUGCGGCUCUACUCACCGUCAUCUGAUGGCGCCAUGCGGGGGGCCCGUGCCUUUGAGAAGGGCAUCCCUGCGUUCGAUACACUGGUGGCCAGUGGCAUCAGCUUUGGCACCGUCUGCACCCUGCUCCAGGGCUGCCUCAGCGAGAUGGCUGAGGAUGCCCAGCGGGUCUGCAUCCGGGCCCUGGAGGAGGACUUGGGGGCGGUUGGUGACGAUGGCGGUGAGAGGCAGGAGUCCGCAGAGGGUGCUGGCCAGGAAGCCCCACUCUCGGCCCUCCCAAAGCUCCGUCUCUUUCUCAGGUACAUUCUCGACAGCUGGAGGAAGCUGGCCGAGAAGUGAAAUUGCAGCCCCCAAACCCCACCUCACCCACAAACUGAGCCUUAACAAAACCAACCAACCAACCAAAAUCGGCCAAUGUGGUGAAAAUGAGAGCUGCCAUUGCUGGUGGGGGUGAGGGGCGGGGGUGGGGGGUCUGACAGAGCAACGCGUUUGCCAUCGGGGCAGGGCAGGGGCGGGGUGUGGAGGGGCCUCAGGGAGGCUGGUGGGCCCGUGUGGAAGAGAAAAACACUGAACUGGGGUGGGAACUGAUCUUGCAGAGGUGGUUCAAGACGCGGAUGGUGGGCCAAGGGCUCCUCGGUGGGAUCUCUGUCUCUGGUGCCCAAGGGGCCAAGGCGGGUGUGUGAGGAAGCGGAACAGCCCAGCCUGGGUCUAGGACAGGAGGCCGUCUGUCAGCUCCCAAGGGUGGUGAGUGGGGACUGGGGAUGCUAAGGUACUUAUUUUAGUUGCAAUCUCAUGUCCUUUUCUGAGAACCCCAGUGUCCCAAAGGCCUCCUCUGGAGGUGGGAGGGGCAGCCAAUCGGCGCCCUGGAUCAGCACAAAGGUGCUUGGCUACCGUGUUAAACAGGGCAGGUGACACGGGGCCUCCUGAGCCAGCCCUGCUGCCGGUGCAUGAUGGUAGGUGUGGUGGCAGGGAGAGGGGAGGCCAGGUGGCCCUGGGCUGGCCUCCACGCUGAGCCUGGGCAGGCAGAACCUGAGCAGGGUGGUGAGAGGGCGGGUGGGCUGUCUCUCUGAGCAUCGAAGGAGACAGGAGGCAGAGGACACAACGCGCCACCCAGACAGUCUUUUCCGAAAGGCUGUGUCUAAGCGUGAGUGUGUGUGGCGAUAAGCUUUCUAGUGUGUCUGUGACUGGAAGGAAUCUUGGCUAGUCUGUGAUUUUGAUGUUGUGGGUCUAAGGCGGAGAGUAGUUUGCACAUGGGGGUUGCUAGCUGUUUCUGCACAGUUGUGUGUGUGUGCACACAUGCGUGAAUACUGGGAUGUGCUGAAACGCUGUGGGUCUGAGUGGGGGUGACUGUGUUGGGUUUCUGAAUGCUGCAUGUGGCUGUGAGUGACACAGGGUAUGUGCAUACAGGUAUGUGUGCUUGGCCGGGGCGUCCCUGGAAAACCAAGUGCCUCAGCACUGCCUGUCGCUCUGGGCUCAGCUCUUCUGCGGAAAUGCAAAAGUGAAUGUGACACCCUCAAGUCUAAACUCACACACCAAGUCAAGGGUCACAUGUUUUAACUAAAGAACUACCAGAUGGGGGCUUUGGACAGAACGGGUUGCCCCAGUGGCUUCUGUGGGCUUGGACAAGGGACAGGGAAGGAUCGGAUUUAGGUGCAAAGAAAGGUGAGAUUCCAGGAAUUCAGAAGGUGGCACUGGAGGCCGUGUGCAAGGCCUGUGGCAGAGUGAGGACUCGGGCUGGGUUGGUGGCUCACCCAGGUGUGCAAAUAGCCACUGCGGAUUCUCCGGAAUCUGGUGACGGUUUGGGCCCCCAGUUAGUUCUGACCCUGGGAGCCAGUUCCAGACUAAGAGGGUCCACCUCUACCUGGAGGAGUAAAGGGGCACUGAGUCUCUGCUGAAGGGCUCUUGCUUUGCAAAACAAUUCCUCUCUUCCUGGAAGGCAUCCCCAUAGGCUCUGCCAGGACUCCUUUGGGGUUCACACUGA